UAUAUAUAUAUAUAAAGCUCCGGCAUUUCUUCUUCGAGUGAUUAACUUGAUCGAAGAUUGAUCCUCGUGGACAAAAUGGUUACUCUGCGUCUCUUGAUGGGCGUUUUUGGGAACCUUACGUCUAUGUUCUUGUUCUUGGCUCCAUCGUUCACAGUCAAGAGGAUCAUCAAGAGCAAGAGCGUGGAGCAGUUCUCAUGUAUGCCAUACGCAAUGACCGUGCUGAACUGCCUCCUCUACACUUGGUACGGGCUCCCAUUUGUAACACAGAAUAAUCUUCUGAUAAGCACCGUCAAUGGGACGGGCGCGAUGCUCGAGUUUAUAUAUGUGUUGGUCUUCAUCAUAUAUGCACCCAAGAAGGAGAAGGCAAGGAUUUUGGGCGUCCUCGUGUUCGUGCUAUCUGUGAUCACAUCCGUUGCCCUGGUGUCCAUGUUUGGCGUGCCUGUGAAAUGCAGGAAGCUCCUAUGCGGUCUUGUUGCUGCCAUAUUCUGCAUUGUCAUGUAUGCUUCACCUUUAUCUGUCAUGAGACUGGUCAUAAAGACGAAGAGCGUGGAAUACAUGCCGUUUUGCCUAUCGCUAUUCGUAUUCCUGUCCGGUACUUCGUGGUUCAUCUAUGGCUUGCUGGGAGCUGACCCUUUUGUUUUCGUGCCUAAUGGGCUAGGGAGCGUGCUGGGGAUGAUGCAACUGGUCUUGUACGCCAUUUACCGCGAGAAAGAUAUGAAGUCCAAGAAGACCGUAGAAGAUGCAGGUUCAUCUAUGGACAUCGACCCUGAAAAUCCCAACCAGAAGAAGCAACAGGACUCAACUUAAUAUUAGCUAGGAAAAUGCAGUUGGGCUCUACCAAACUGGCUUUCGAAUUAAGCUUUUCAUAACUAAUUUUCCAUCAUAGAUGUUAGUUUUUCUAGAAGUAUUUCAAUAUGCAGCAUCAUUUUUAUUGUGCGAGUAUAACAAUUGCUGUUGUCUAUUUUAUAUUUCCAUGUGAUUUAUCAUUUUGUAU